AUGGUGUUCCUGAAGGGCUCCAAUUCCAUCUCUCGCUCGCGGAUCUCGAUCCUACCGUGCCAGUACGGCGGUCUGGGCACGAAAUUAUUCCUCCCCCAGCGGUUCAUGAAGAUACAAAAGAAGAAACCGAGAGCCGCCCUCUGCGCGCGGGGCCUGGCGCACGCGAUCCGGGCCAUGCCGUUUAGCCGCCCCUUUGCCUGCCAGACGACCAGCGCCCGCUGCCAGCGCAGCUGGAAUGGUGUCAAGGUCGCUUCUCUGAUUGCAACAGACGGUUCCGUGCUCGUGGUUGCGACCCCGCUUGCUACAAACUUGCUCCUCGACCACUGCCUGGACUUCGUGCGACACCGCAAUUCAGUUCAAGCGAAGCGCGAAUUGGCAAAAAAGCGCCGAAGGCGGUCAAAGGCGCUGCGGAGGAAGGAGCUGCGAUUGUACCGGCGGGGCUUUGGCGCCCACCUUGAAAUUGCGUGCGGACGCUCGUACUGCUUUUUCAGAACGGAGAGCGUGCUCGAUGCCUGCGAGCGCAUUGCGCACGCUUUGAACGGUGGCGAAGCCAAAAACACCGAUGGUGGCCGUCCGCUGGCGUGA